AUGGACAGCAUGAAUUUCGGUAACCUUUUGGACCUGGACCGCGGUCAACAUCACGACGACGACGGUGAGCGUGCCUCCUUUUUCGUUUUAAACGAUUGUUUUCCGAUCGCUCUGUAUGAUAAUUAUAAUAAUAUACCUACCGCGACGAUAAUUAUUAAUAAAUUCCCGUACGAUCCGCGAUAAAUCCGAUAAGAGAAUAUAUUCGCAAUUUCAUUAUAAAAUUAUUGUUUUUUUCGGUGUUGUUAUAAUAAUAAUAAUAUUAUUAUUAUUAUUAUUGUUAUUAUUAUUAUUAUUAUAGUAUUGUCAUUGGGGAUUUCGGACGAGACCGACCGUCGCCUUUUAUAGCGCUCCCGAUUUAACCGGAAUUGAUUAUUUAUUUUUUUUUUUUUUUUUUUUUUUUCCUUUUGCAGACGGCGGCCUGACACCCGCCACCUCCGUAACCGGCGGCGCACCGACCACCGUCAUUGUGUCCAGCAGCAACAACAGCAGCAGUACGCUGUCAGACCUGUCGUCGGUCACCACCACCAGUUACCAGUCGCACCGGCAACACGAGCCCACGCCGCCCGACAACGACGACAUGCACGCUACGUCGUCCGCCCAUCACCACGGUCACCAUCAGCACCAUUCGCCCGCGAACGGUUUCGACAACAUGAUUUCCGGUUACGGGUACUGCAACACCGGCCCAUACGAGACUUUCUACCCGCAAACGUUCACACUGCCACCGUACACCGGUAAGUCUGUCGCCCGUCGUACACGCCCGUGCGGGUCCGUUCAGUGAUGUUAUGUGGCCCGGGCAAGAUUCUAGCGAACGGCCGCUAUUCCUGUGCACGCGUAAUUUUUUUUUUUUCGUUUUAAACGUUACUCAUCGCGGGUCUUGGGGCCCCUCGGGUCGUCGAUGGCCCCCUCUGAACGGGCCAGUACAGUGUGUUGUUUACCAUUUUUUUUCGGAUUGAGGGAGGAUAUUAUAGAGAAAUAAAUAAUAACGUUAUAGCUCCCCCCCCCUACGGUUUCGUUUUCCAUGUUAUAAAUUACUAUUGGUUACACGACAGCGGAUGAAAAAAAAAAAAACCUGUACAUUUUGCUAUGCUAUUCAAGUAUUCUAAUUUUAAAAUGACAGGUUUUUUUUUUUUAAUGUAAAUCUACAGGUUGAAAAAAAAAAUACCUAUAAAGGUUAGGUUCUCCCGAAACCAAUUUUAAACUUAAUAAUAUUGUCUACCUUUACGAAAUCCUCCGACGCGCUACUAUAGUCGCGAAAUUCCGUUUUUCGUGCGAACAUUUCCUUUCCCCCCCCGAGUACUUUCAAAUACAGAGUCCGUACACGCGGGUAGGAAUUAUUUCACUAAAUACAUUCACCACCGUGAUUUUUUUCGCGACUUUUAAAAAAUAGUUUGCCUAAUUUUUUCGCAUUAUAAAAUACCAACAGUGUAACUUUUUAAAUUUCGUACGAGAAAAACCCGGAAAAAACAUCUUGGUUCACAAUCGUUUACGAUUCCAAAUGGUCAAACACUUGUUAGUUUCUAUUAAUUUCGUCGUUAUACACAGUUUAGUCAUCCGCGAUAGUUUUUCAUAACCGCGUCACCGUUUUAACAUGCCCGGUGUAGUUGCGGUGGUCGACAACUGUGGCGAUGUUAAGCGAAUAACGUGUUCCCGUUAAUAUGCGAUUUAAUCCGUCCGCGGUUAUUCGACGAGAGUCGAUACCAAAUGAUAAAUAUAUUUUCAAGUUCGACGAACAAUUCGGUUUGAAAUUCAGCGCUAAAAACGUUCCGGAACGAGAAAUUAGUACGGAAUAUAUUUUUGACAUUGUAGUUUCUCGUUUUUCGGCCACAAGCAUCCCACGCUGUCGCCGCGUUUUUCUGUAAUAAUUGAAAUCGCCCGGCAGACGGUUAAUCGACGCGGACGAACGCGACAGUCAAUAAUCACACGGCUUCGCACCGUAUUGCGAAAUUCCGCAGUUCACGCACGGAAUUGA